AUGAAAUUUGCUUCCGCCGUCCUUCCAUUCGCCGGAGCUGUCUUUGGUGCUGCAAUUUCCACUCGACAAGUUCCCCAGACAUCUGGUAUUAUCUGGCCUGUCUCGUACAUCGCACUUGGUGACAGUUUCUCCGCUGGGUAGGUACCUUUAUUUACCUUCUUCCACUUUAAAUGCUACCUUCUUAUCUUGAAACUCCCUCAUGGUGUUGUAUUUUUGCUAACUCCUGGUAGAAUUGGCGCUGGAAAGUAUACACAACCUGAUAAUCCACUUGUCAAAAAGUGCAAACGAAUGACCGGCUCUUACCCAACUCAAGUGAAAGGCCUUUUCCCGCGUAUUGACGACAAUAAUUUUCUGUUCGAAUCUUGCUCUGGUGACAAGCUAGAAAACAUCGACGCCCAGCUUUCGAAUUUGGGAGGAACUCGUGCUCAGGUUGUCACGCUUUCGAUCAGCGGUAACGAUAUCAAGUUUUCUGCCGUUGUUGAGAAGUGUGUCUAUAAUGUUCUCCCUCUUGGAAAAUCGGAUGCUACUGCCGACAAGGAAUGUGACGCAGCCCUUGCUGAUGCUGCAAAGCUGAUUGCUGAUGAGAAAAUUUGGACGACCUACAAGGAGAAGGUUGAUGAUAUUAUGGCGAAGGUUAUGUUGGCUGAUAUCAGAGGUAUUCCUAGUAAGUUCAAACACAUUUCUCGAUGGCCCCGGGGUUUUCGAUGCAAUGAUUUAUUUUACUAAUGACUUGAUCAUCUAGUUCCAUGGAGCGUGCUUCUGAUCACCGGCUAUCCCAAAUUCUGGGGCGAUGUGAAGAAGGAUGGCGACGCAUGUAGCAAGCUCCGUCUCAAGAUUCCUGAGGCAAUACUUGGAAGUAUCGCGCUAAAUGGCAAUUACCUUCGGCCUGAAGUGCGAAGGCGAAUGAACAAACUGGUUGUGGCAGUCAAUGAUAAGAUCAAAGCGGAAAUCCUUCCCAUCAACACGGACAAGAUCGAGUUCGUGGAUAUUGAUCCACUUUACGAAGGACAUCGCCUUUGUGAAGAUGGAGCCACGGAUCCGGUAGGAGCCAACUCUGAUUCUGCGUGGCUUACUACCUUCGAGACCAAAUUACAAGAAGAUAGUUUUGUUCCGGAUCCAGACUCUGCGCUCGAAGCACAAUGGUCAACCUUGACUCAAGGACUGCAUCCUGGUGAUGGAUUUGCCCCAAAUGAGUUGAAGAUCAAUUCCAAUUUCCAUCCUAAGACUGGUGGUCAUUCUAUGACUGCUCAAGCAGUCCAUGAUCGCAUUGUAGACUGGGGCAACCGUCAUGAGCAUACGCCAACUCCUCCGCCUCAACAGUGCUAUCCUGCUGAUGCACCAGACCUACCGGCAAUGAUUUUCGUUGACGCCAAUAUCAAGUUGGAUCCUAACCAAUUACUAUAUAAGCUUCGCGAGAGUAAGUUUGCAUAUAGGAUUACUCUUGUUUACAAGCUUUGUGCUAACAUGUCGGUAGCACUUUGUGGGAAUAGAUGUGAGAUACCCACUGGAAUUGACACACUUGCCGGAGCCAUUGUCCAGGGAGACGGCGGUCGCUGUGAAAUCUCUAUCGGUCUUCAGGGAAGUUCAGAAGCCUAUGCUAUUCGUGACCGCUCCAUCUCUGGCGACGAACAAACUCAACUUUGCUAAGACAACCUUCAAAGUUGUAAGUCUACAAAUCCACCCACAUUCAAUCAUUUCUUAUUAACUACCCGCCUAGUGAUCAACAUCUGCAUCAUGAACCAACCCAAAUACGGCUGGCAAGCUGGCAUCGACCCCAACCCUGCCUUCUACCAAACCGGAUUCCGCAGACUCAACUCUCCAGACGGGAAACAUAGUACCAUAGACCCCAACCACGUCCUGCAGAGGGAUCUCUCGGAUUUCCAAACCAUCUGUGGGAAGGAUGAUAGGUGGUGUCAGGAUAAUGGGUGUCGGGGAGCGAACUUCAUGUGUACGGAUGGGAAAAAUACAAGGGCUGUGGAUGUGGGGAGGAUACGUGAUGGAACCAGUUGGAGAGCUUGGAGCAGAACAUGCAGUGUAGGAGUAGUUGUUGCAGUACGGGGCCGGAUCAUUGGUAUAAGCAGGAUUGGUGUAAUGCUCAUUGUGGGGGAGUGAGCACGCAAUUUUGUUAGGGACCUUGGAGGUUGGUGGGUUGUGGUGUGGUGCGGUGUGAUGAUGGAGUUUUUGUGUCUUUUGGUAAAUCUAGUUUGAAAGUUUAUAUAAAACUUGUCAUUUAAUAAUUACGAAAUAGAGCAUCGCAGACACGCAACUUCCGGUAGAUAUGUUUUAGGGAAAUACAGAUUGAAACUGUUAG